AUGCUUAUUCUUACUCUUCUUCUUCUUCUUCUUCUUCUUCUUAUUACAGGUUACGCCGCGAACAGUAUUCUGUAUAAUCGUGCAGUUUAUCCAGAAGAAAGUUUUGUGAAAGUGAAGAAAUAUGGACUUCCGAUGUUGCUUAUCGAAGACGAAUCCGUCAAAUCAUUUCUGUCGAAUCUCACUUCUCAGAUUGCCGAAUGGCUUGAAGCUGGGAAGUUGCAGAGAGUAGUGUUAGUGAUAAUGAGCAAAGCGACUGGUGAAGUCUUGGAGAGGUGGAAUUUUCGGAUUGAGACUGAUAAUGAAGUUGUUGAGAAAGGUGUGUCGAGAGAGAAGAGUGACAAGGAGAUCAUGAGGGAGAUCCAAGCUAUCAUGAGGCAGGUUGCUUCCAGCAUAACUUACUUGCCUUGUCUUGAUGAAGCAUGUGUUUUUGAUGUAUUGGCAUAUACGGACGCGGAUGUUGCUGUUCCAUUCACCUGGAUCGAAAGCGAUCCAAAGUUGAUUGCUAAUCCACAGAUGGUGAAGCUACACGCUUUUGAUACCAAGAUUCACAAAGUCGACACCCUCGUCUCAUACAAGAACGACGAAUGGGAUGAAGAAGAGUAA